AUGGCCAAUCCAGUAAAACGGCUGUUAAUGCGGAAAUCGGCAACACCACAAGAAAUAGUAACACCCGAUCAGGCACUUGAAUGGUGUCAGAAUUAUCUCCGUGGUGCUUGGUCGUCGAUUACUGUUGAACAAAUGCAUUUAGAACGUGUUUCUGGUGGCCUAUCGAAUUAUUUGUACUGUUGUUCGCUGCCGGACGAUGUCGAAUCUCAGGGUUCUGAACCACGAAAAGUUCUUUUAAGAAUCUAUGGUGAAGUUCAUCAAAAGCACCGUGGCACUCUUCUGAUUGAUAGCGUCGUCUGUACGUUAUUAUCGGAUAGAAAAAUCGGUCCACAUGUCCAUGGAAUCUUUCCUGAAGGACGAUUGGAAGAAUUUGUUGAUGCUGAAGCAUUACUGGUCUCCGAGGUUCGCGAUCCAAAGGUCUCUCAACUAGCUGGUCGAUUACUUGGUGAACUACAUCAACUUGAUAUGCCAUUAGUCAAAGAACCGACUUGGUUAUACAAUACAAUUGAGCAAUAUCUUUCAACUUUACCAACAGAUCUGCAUAAAUUCGAAAUCGAAGAAGAUCGUCAGAUUUAUCAAGAAUUGCAAUCGGUGUGCAAAUUUGCUGAGGAAUUCGAAGAAUUAAAAAAACUCUUAGCACAAAUUGAUAGUCCGAUCAGAUUGUGUCAUAACGACUUUCAACCAGGAAACAUUCUCCGAUUGAAAUCUGAUCCAAACAAUUUCACUGUUAUCGAUUUCGAAUAUUGUUCAUAUAACUAUCGUGGAUAUGAUAUUGGUAAUCAUUUCUGUGAAUUUAUGUUUGAUUACGCCUCGUCAAAAGAAUGGCCUCGCUUCAAAGUUAAUUUUACUGAUUAUCCAAACAGAGAACAACAGCGUACUUUUAUCUCGGCUUACAUCGACGCAACGCUUGCUUUACAAGAUCAAUCGGUACCUUGUCCGAUCGAUUCGCCGCAAGAGAAAGAUUCAAGCCGAGAAGAACUAAUCAAUCAAAUCAUGAAAGAAGCUAAUUACUAUGCACUAGCUUCAAAUUUCUUUUGGACCUUAUGGGCUAUUCAUAUGGCAACGUCGACAGCAAUCAAAUUCGGUUAUAUGGAAUAUGCACGAACCCGUUUAACAGCGUAUUAUUUAACACGUGAUAGAUUGGUUGGUGCUAAUGAAAUGCCGCCGAUGUUCGGUGAGGAAUUACUUCGAUCAAUCAAAAAUCCAUUUCAAACUUCAUAUGUUAAAACAAAUGUUGAAUAA